GGAACGAGGAGGACUUUGGCGCAGCUUUCAGUCGCAAGAUUCUUUGUAUUAUCAGUCCGUGCUCCGUCUUGCAAGGGAAUACAUCAGCUCCUCGACUCUCCUUGCCGUUUGGGUUUAAGGCAGAAAUACAGGAGACACCAUGGGAGGCAAGCUAAGCAAGCGGAAGAAGGGGUACGAUGUCAGCGACCCAAAGGACAAGAAGGAGGAGAUUACUGUGGCUGCUGUGAGUGCCGUUGAGGCCGUGACCCAUGUUGUGGAGAGCAAAGCACCAGCUCCGGUCGCUGAGUUGGCAGCGAAGACUGCUCCUAAGGUGUCUGCUGCGGUGGAGGAAGCAGUGGAGUCGACAGUGGUAGCCAUCACAGAAGCGACAGAAGAGGCACUGUCAGCUAUAGAGGCCGUGGCCAAGGGGGCCACCGCAGAGCCAGCGGCUGUACCAGAUGAAUCCGUGGCAGCACCGGCAGAACCAGCGCCAGCAGUAGAAGAACCAGUGGCUUCAGAAGAACCAGCCACAGCACCAGAGGACCCAGCACCAGCUGCAGCACCAGAAGAACCUGCAGCCCCAGAAAAGCCAGUGGCGGCACAGGAAGAACCUGCGCCAGCAGCAGAAGAACCGGUGGCUUCAAGAGAACCAGCUGCAGCACCAGAAGAACCUGCAGCCACAGAAGAGCCAGUGGCAGCACCGGAAGAACCUGCAGCAGUAGCAGAGGAACCAGCCGCAGCUACAGAAGAGCUUGCAGCUCCAGAAGAGCCCGUGGCAGCACCGGAAGAACCUGCAUCACCAGAGGAACCGGCAGCAUCACCAGAAGAACCAGCGGCAUCACCAGAGGAACCAGCGGCAGCACCAGAGGAACCAGCGGCAGCACCAGAGGAACUUGCGGCAGCACCAGAGGAACUUGCGGCAGCACCAGAGGAACCUGCAGCAGCAACAGAUAAAACAGAGGCACCGGAAGAACCAGCGGCACUAAAGGAACCAGCGGCUGCACCAAAAGAGCCUGCAGUGGAAGAGCCUGUACCAGAAACGCCUGUACCAGAAGAGCCUGCAACAGCACCAAAAGAACCUGCACCAGAAGAGCCUGCAGCAGCCCAAAAACAACCUGCACCAGAAGAGCCUGCAGCAGCACCAAAAGAGCCUGCAGUGGAAGAGCCUCCAUCAGAAGAGCCUGCGGCAGCACCAAAAGAGACUGCACCAGAGGAGCCUGAGGCAGCACCAAAAGAGCCUGCACCAGAAGAGCCUGUGGCAGCCUCUGUGGAGCUAGCUGCAGCACCAGAAAAGGCUUCUGAGGCUACAGAACAAGCCACAGAGGUGACAGCUGAGAUUACAGACACUACAGAACCAGAGCCUGCCGCUCCAGAGCCUGAAACAGAGUCUGUUACAGGGAAGGCCCCAGAAACUGAGGCUGUGGUCGAGGCACCAGUAGUGGCAGAAGCAGCUUCACCCGCCCCGGAGGAGGAGCCUGCAUCAGUUGCAGAAGCCGUGUCAGAGUCAGCCACAGAGGCAGCCGCAGAGCCAGAGGCAGAUUCCAUCCCACAACCAGCCGCUGAAGAGCUCCCCCUACCUGUAGAAGAAUCUGUAGCAGAGCUUGAAUCUGAAGCUGCUGAUGCAGUAACUGAAGUAGCAGAGCCAGACACUGCCGACAUCGCAGAACCCAUCCCGGAGAUCAUCAUUUCAGAAUCUGCUGCACCUGCUGCUGCAGAGGAGGCCAGCGCUGAGCAAGAGGAGGCUGUGCUGGACAACAAGGAAGUUGUUUCCUCAGUGGAGGCUACUGCUGAGCCUUCUGCCCCUGAGGUCAAUGGGGAGUGUCAGGAGCAGGCGGUCGAGCCGGCUGCCGUGUCUGCCCCGGAGCCACAGCAAAAGGAAUGUGUCAACGGCAUUGACAAGCCAGAGGAUGCCGUUGAGGUGCAAAGUUACUGCGAAUUAAAAAAGAACUUGAACCUGCCUGGCGACAUCCAGAUUCCUGAGGCAAUUGGUGAGGCAAUAAGUCAGGCUGUAGACUUGGUCUGAAGCUAAUAUAAAUGUGAUGUACCUAAUGAUCCGAAAAAACCUCCAACACAAGCUUCUGAAGAUAAAUAUAAAAAUGUCUGUUGUGGCAAACGAGUUUCCGAUUAACUAAAAGGAAAUACAACCACUCAAGUGUAGAGAGGGGGAGUGAGAUACAUGUAGGAAGAGAUGUGAGACAUGGAUGCAGUGUGCCCCACUGAGUCUUUGUGCCCCACAUGUCAUUGUAGAGGGGCAGCCUGUGUUUGCAGCAUUUGUGGUGAGAUGAAAGCCAGCGAAAUUUGAGGGAUGAGUAUUGGAAAACUGGACAACAGAGCAAAGAAACGUGACAUUGGAAAUGUUGAAUGGAAUGAAUAGUCUUGUCUUUGUGUGUGAGGCUGAUGAAUAUUAAAAAUGUUUUUUUUGGAAUAGCAUUCAAUAGUGAUCUAAUUUAGACUUUCACAUAUCCUUUCCUUAACUAUAUGAAAAAAUAAUGGAUGAAAAGUUUUGGCCUUUUAUAGUGGUGCAAACAUUGAGGAAUGUUCAUUGAUGGCUUGGAGAAUAAAAAAAGACUGUUAUA